GGGCGCUGCCCGUCCCACGUACGGGAGGCAGCGAGGGACAAAAUCCAAGCUUCAGGGGGCUGUUCGGGCGAGGUGCCUCUCCCCAGGCGUUGAUUUCAUUCCGGCCCGGCUGGACUCCCGAUGCUGCGAUGGCUGAUGGGAGGCGGCCGGGAGCCGCAGGGACUCUCCGAGAAAUCGUCCGUGCAGAGCCUAGGUGAAGAACAAAUACAGAAUCCCUACACUGAGCUCCUUGUACUGAAAGGUCAUCAUGAUAUAGUGAGAUUUCUAGUACAAAUAGAUGAUUGCAGAUUUGCAUCUGCAGGAGAUGAUGGAAUUGUAUUUCUGUGGAAUGCUCAGACUGGAGAAAAGUUAUUUGAGCUACAUGGACACACGCACAAAAUUACAGCUAUUGCAGCAUUUCCUUCAUCUGGGGCUUGUGAAGAAAAAAAUAAUUUGAUCUUAACGGCAUCUGCUGAUAGGACAGUUAUUGUUUGGGAUUGCAAUAGUGGCAGGCAAGUUCAGAAGGUGUCGUGCUUCCAUUCCACUGUAAAGUGUUUGACAGUUCUUCAAAGACUGGAUGUAUGGUUAUCUGGAGGGAGUGAUCUAUGUGUUUGGAACAGAAAAUUAGAUCUCUUGUGUAAGACCAGUCAUCUCACUGAUGCAGAUAUCAGUGCUUUGGUUGAAUUGCCUAAAAACUGUGUUGCAGCAGCUGUUGGCAAAGAGUUGAUAAUUUUUAGGUUGGUAGUUUCCACUGAGGGAUCUGAAGGUUGGGAUGUCCUUGAAGUAAAACGCCUGGCUGACCAUCAAGAUAAUAUCCUCUCGUUGGUCAGUGUCAAUGAUUUGACUUUUGUGACUGGCUCUCAUGUGGGUGAGCUGAUAGUCUGGGAUGCAUUGGAUUGGAUAAAUCAAGUAUGCGAGUGCAACACAUGGGACCCCUCUUUCCAUGCAGUCGCACAACAAGAAAUUAAAUUAUCACAAAACCAACAUGAAGUUUCAAUUCAGCAUUUAACAUCUGAUGCGGAGUGUGUGUUUGCUGCUGUUGGGAAGGGCAUAUAUGUCUAUAACCUUCAAAUGAAGCGUGUGAUUGCCUGCCAGAGAACUGCUCAUGACUCCAUUGUAUUGCACAUUGCAAAACUUCCAAACAGGCAGUUGAUAUCAUGUUCAGAAGAUGGCAGUGUUCGCAUUUGGGAGCUACGUGAAAAGCAGCAGCUUCCAGCUGAGCCUAUUCCAACAGGAUUUCUCAACAUGUGGGGCUUUGGAAGGGCCAACAAACAAGCAAGCCAAACUGCUAAAAAGAUGCAAGAAAGCACUACAUCAUAUUCCUUGGAGCUUAUUGGUGAUUUGAUUGGGCAUUCAUCAGCCGUGCAGAUGUUCCUGUACUUUAGUGAACUUGGCCUGGUGACAUGCUCUGCUGACCACCUUAUUAUUUUGUGGAAAGAUGGAGAAAGAGAGUCUAGACUGCGCAGUUUAACAUUAUUUCAGAAAUUAGAGCAAAAUGAUGAUUUGCAGCUUAGGUUCUAACUUGGUUGAAUGAGAGGUAGAUGUGCCUGAGCUGUGUGUAUGUUAGGUAUGUGUGUAAAGGAAAUUUUGCUUUAAUUUGAAAAGUUUAAAUAUUGAAAAUAACGUGUAUCGUUACCCUUCCCUUUUAAAUGCCAUACAAUAAAGGUGAUG